AUGGCCUCUACAACCGAUACUGACACGGACUUCGACCCAAUAUAUUAUCCUGACCUGCAGCGAUUCAUGCGGGGUCGAUCGGAGAGACUGGCUGCCCUGGGAGCCGCCCCAGUUCUACCAGAAAUUCUCCGGCCCGGUAGCAAUACAGAAAUGAGCUGGGAAGGCACCGGUCUCGAUCCAAACUCAUAUACAUGGGAAAUAUCAGGCUCUGAACUGGAGGACAUAGAUAGAUGCUGCGCUGAGUAUACUUCCUCUGGGAGGACUCUACAUGAGAUCGAGAAAGGAACAUUCCGUCUGCCCUCCACGCUUGCAGACCAACUUGCCGCGCGACGGCACGAUCUACACCACGGGGCUGGGAUCUCGCUCUUACGAGGGUUGCAACCCAAAACUCGCACCCAGAGAGAAAAUUUCAUUCUCUUUGCCGGAUUGGCCAGCCACCUCUCGGAACAGAGGGGGAGGCAAUUUGGCAACAAGUAUCUUGUGCACGUCACAGAUCUCACUGCAGGGGAUGAUUCGAAGAAAUAUGCGGCUCCAUAUUGUAAUCAGGAGCUGCCGUUUCAUACUGAUGUCGGCGAUGUGGUUGCCAUGUUCGUGUUCUGUUCUGCUGCAAACGGUGGCGAUGGCACAUUCGCCCCAGUGUCGACGAUAUACAACAAGCUGAUGCAAUCGAGCCCGGAUCUCAUUCCUGUAUUAUUGGAGUCAGAUUGGCCAUUUGACCGAUCCUCGGGAGAAAUAUUUUACAAGCGCCCAGUCAUGUUCUUGAAUGACGAUCAACAGCCAGAAAUGGUGUUCAGUCGUGGCGCGCUGAUACGAUCAGCCAGAGGUCAGCGGCCCCUUAGCAUACCCAAGCUAACGAGGGUUCAAUGCGAGGCGCUGGAUGCGGUACAUUUUGCAGCGGUGGAGGCAACCCAUACAAUUCAGUAUCAGGAGGGUGAUUUACUGAUAUUCAACAAUCGGAGGAUUCUACAUGGCAGAAAUGCGUUUGCGGACACCGGAGAUACGGGUCAGAGGCAUAUGGUUAGGUUAUGGUUGAAGGAUGAGGAGCUGGCGGGGAAGCCGACCAACUUGGCUUUACAAAAGCUUUGGGAUAAAACAUUUGCUAGAGGCAAUGAGGGUGGGUACCAUGAGAGACAUUGGCCGAGUGUGCCUGAUCCGUAUUGA